AUGAGCAUAGAAGAGAUUCAGGUAAUUGAGCUGAAGAUGAUGGACAAGCGGAAGUAUUACCCGUUGACUUUAGCAAGUGGUUUGACAAUACGGAGUCUGCUGUACCCGUUUAUGCUAAUAAAGACGCGGUUGCAAAUACAGAAGGGACGUACUGUUUAUAAAGGGACUUUUGAUGCAUUUAUGAAGAUUGCAAUAAAUGAAGGCAGGAGUGGGCUGUAUCGUGGAUUUUGGGUGUCCUGUCUACAACUGUUUCCUUCCAUGGCUUACAUCUCAGCUUACGAAGGGACGCGACACUACCUGGCGGAACACAUGGGUAUACAAGACAACAGGGUGCGCUCUUUUAUUGGAGGUGGUUUUGCGUCAACGAUAGGUCAGACUCUGGCCGUCCCUAUAGACAUUGUCACCCAGCACCUGAUGUUGAUGGGAAGAGGCAGUAGCGCAAAGGGUCUGUCUCUAUUUCUGCUAACCAGCGUUGUACCUGUGUAUGUUCCUCGCUUGAUGAUCCAAGUUGUGGCAGCCCCUUUAGGUGGGGUCUCCUCUGCCGUCCUCACAAAUCCUCUAGAUGUUAUCAGAGCCAGAAUACAG